AUGCCUGAUGAGUUAUGUGAAGAUAUGAAGCGUUUGAACGUGGAGGUUGUGAACUAUGGUGAAUUAGAAGCAAGGUUGAGCGCUAAGUAUGUAGGUCCUUAUGAAAUUUUGGAACGUGUAGGCAAGGUUGCUUACAAAUUGGCAUUACCUAUGGAAUUUGAGAAAAUGCAUGAUGUGUUUCAUAUUUCCCAAUUAAAAAAGUAUGUUCCUGAUGCAAAGCACGUGCUACAACCUAAAUCGAUUCAAUUGGAUGAAACUUUGACUUAUGAAGAAAGGCCUGUGAAAAUUUUGGGUCAUAAGGUGCGUAGUACACGCAAUAAUGAUGUUAGAAUUGUUAAAGUUCUUUGGUCAAACCAAGAGUAUGAGGAGACUACUAGGGAGGCCGAGGAUGAUAUGAGAAACAUAUACCUUGAGUUAUUUAACGAGGUGAGUUACGAGGGCAUAAGUCUUGUUCUUUAA